GGGCAGGCGUGAACUGGACUAAGGUGAAAAUACUCGAAAGAUCUCACGAGAAAACCUGAGAUUUAACUGAUUAUUGUUUACAUUGCAAAAACAUGGGAACCGAACCAAAUCGAUCCGGAUUCAGCUGAAAAUCCGCAAACUGAUGAAUUUCCUCCCGGCGCGCGUGAAGUGAAGUGUGUCCCGGAAUUAGCUUAAAAAAGAAGGACCCUAAUUUCAGCGCACCACCAGGGAAGAUAACGAUAGGGGGGUAACUACUAACGCUUGCCUAAAGACAUUUUACCUGCUGGAAAACGCAGAUUCUCCAGGGUCGCCAUUGUAAGGAGCGCGAAAGCCGAGCAAGGCACGGGAGUGUCCAGGGACGAGGAUGUGAUGGACAUCCCCGCCUGAGGAGCGCGGAAAAAUCGGCUUUGGGAUACUCGAGGCCUCGGAGGGAAAUCCUCCGUCGUCCCCCCUGAGUAUCUCAGCUCGCGUCCCGCGUCUCAAUCGUUAACAAUUAGCACGCGAGGACGCGGCUGUGGAUGCGGCCUUGCCUGGGAGGGUCUGCCGAGCGCCGGUUAAAACAACAGAGACGGUUUCAGGGACGACCAUUUCGGAGGACCGACGACAAUAUUGCAAUACACCAUGAUGGAAGAACUGCACAGCCUGGACCCCCGACGGCAGGAGCUGUUGGAGGCUCGCUUUACCGGGGUCGGCGUAGCCAAGGGCUCAAGUCAGAGUCAAAACGAGUCGUCUAACCAGAGUCUGUGCAGCGUCGGCUCCCUCAGUGACAAAGAGCUGGAGACUCCGGAGAAAAAGGUGAAUGAGCAGAAAGUGCGGAAACGCAAAGCAGACCACUUUGAUGGCAGUCAAAGUAAAGCAGGAGGAAGAGGACAUAAAAUUAGUGAUUAUUUUGAGUUUGCGGGAGGUAGCGGUCCUGGUACCAGUCCUGCCAGGGGGAUCCCACCAGUGGUCCGCUCUUCCCCUCAACACUCUCUGUCCAACCCUCCUGUCGCGGUGCAGCAGGGAAGCCCGUCCUCUCUGGGCUCCGCCGGCGCCGAGCUCUCCUCGUGUUCGGUGAAGCCCGUGUCUCUCCACAUGCUCCACAAAGCCACACAGUCUGACCUUACUCUGGAGAAACUAACUGCACUGGAGAACAACAAGAACUCCGACCUGGAGAAGAAGGAGGGCCGAAUAGACGAUUUGUUGCGGGCAAACUGUGAUCUCAGAAGACAAAUCGACGAGCAGCAGAAGAUGCUAGAGCGGUAUAAGGAGCGUCUAAAUAAAUGUGUGACCAUGUCCAAGAAGCUCCUCAUCGAAAAGUCCAAACAGGAGAAGAUGGCCUGUCGGGAUAAGAGCAUGCAGGAUAGGCUCCGGCUGGGACACUUCACCACAGUGAGACACGGAGCGUCUUUCACUGAACAGUGGACGGAUGGAUACGCCUUCCAAAACCUCAUCAAACAACAGGAGAGGAUUAACUCUCAGCGAGAGGACAUCGAAAGGCAGCGGAAGCUCCUGGCCAAACGCAAACCUCCGUCUAUGGCUCAGACUCCACCGCCAAGCCUGGAGCAAAACAAGCGCAAGAGCAAGGCCAACGGAGCUGAAAGCGAAGCAUUAUCCCAGGCAGAAUAUCACGAACAGGAGGAGAUCUUUAAACUCAGAUUAGGGUAUCUGAAAAAGGAGGAGGCAGAGAUUCAGGCGGAGCUGGAGAGAUUGGAGCGAGUGCGUAAUCUACACAUACGUGAGCUGAAGAGGAUCCACAACGAGGACAACUCCCAAUUUAAAGAUCACCCGACGCUAAACGACAGAUAUCUGCUGCUGCAUUUACUCGGUCGAGGAGGUUUCAGUGAAGUGUAUAAGGCCUUCGAUUUAACAGAGCAGAGGUAUGUGGCAGUUAAAAUCCACCAACUAAACAAGAACUGGAGGGACGAGAAGAAGGAAAAUUAUCACAAACACGCCUGCAGAGAAUAUAGAAUCCACAAAGAGCUGGACCACCCGCGAAUAGUUAAACUUUACGACUACUUUUCACUCGACACUGACUCGUUCUGCACCGUCCUGGAGUACUGCGAGGGGAACGACCUGGACUUCUACCUGAAGCAGCACAAGCUCAUGUCCGAAAAAGAAGGCCGCUCCAUCAUCAUGCAGAUAGUUAACGCUCUGAAGUACCUCAACGAGAUCCGGCCGCCCAUCAUCCACUAUGACCUGAAGCCUGGGAACAUCCUGCUGGUGAACGGCACCGCCUGUGGAGAGAUUAAGAUCACCGACUUUGGCCUUUCUAAGAUCAUGGACGACGACUCCUACAACUCUGUGGACGGGAUGGAGCUGACGUCACAGGGAGCAGGAACCUACUGGUAUUUACCGCCGGAGUGUUUCGUCGUCGGUAAAGAGCCUCCAAAGAUCUCCAACAAAGUGGAUGUUUGGUCUGUGGGCGUCAUUUUCUACCAGUGUUUGUACGGUCGCAAGCCUUUCGGCCAUAACCAGUCCCAGCAGGACAUCCUGCAGGAGAACACCAUCCUGAAGGCCACAGACGUCCAGUUCCCCCCUAAACCUGUAGUCACUCCUGAAGCCAAGGCCUUUAUAAGGCGCUGUUUAGUGUACCGUAAGGAGGACCGCAUCGACGUGCACCAGCUCGCCAGCGACCCCUUCCUAAUGCCUCACAUACGCAAGUCAGUGGCGUCCUCGGGCGGCGCCGCCAUGGCGGUGGCUUCCACAUCCGGCUCCUCCAACAACAGCUCCUCAAACUGAGCCCACACCUCUCCUGUGACUCGACCGAUUGAGAGGGUGGGGUGGGAUGAGACGGGCCCCCCUUCUCAUAGCAUCAAGCUGGUCAGACGGCGUUGAGGAGCGGUGAGAAGUCGCGGAACGCCAUCCCAGCCCACGAGCUGAUGGAAAUCGGGGGAUUUUUCUGCUUAAAAAAGAGAGAUUUAAUAUGAAGAUAAAAAAAGACUGGAACGUGUCAUAUUCCUUCGCUCUCUCAAACUUCCGUGCAUGAGCCAUCCUGGUCCUGGUCGGACGGACCCUCCCACGCUCAAACGUGUUCUUCAUCCCCUGAAGCGGGCCGCCCGGCUUCAGACCUGUACAGUCGGAGAGGAUGAUGGCUCCGCCCACAUCCAGACUCCCGUGACCAAAGCUUUGAACUUCCAGCUGGUGGCAGUGUCCACCUGUUUUUAUAAGCAACACUUUUAGACUUCUUCUACUUGACAUGGAGUGGAGGCUGCUGGGUAAUUCAAGAACACAACUGUUCCGUUUUACAGUCAUUGGAGGAAAGUUUUCAAGAUGCCUUUAAUUCAAAUUCUUCUUGUUUUACUGACCCCUCCCCCCCAAAUACAUAUUUAUUUAGGUUUGUUUGAAUUUAGUUUUGGCCAAUGAAAUGCAAGGGACUGGUUUACUUCUCAUACUGUUCUGGGGACAACGCGCCUUAGCAGAAAUCACAAACCAUUAAAUGCUUUUGGUUAAAUGUGUUUGUUUUUCUGCGCUUUUGUUUGACUAUUUUUUCUUUUUUUUCAUCCGAUUUCUGCGAAUGUUUUCAAUUUACAGCAGAGCUGAAAAUGUAUCCAUAAGCAUUUUGUCUGUUCUUGGCAGUUCUUUUUUUUUUUCUUUACAUAUUUGGUUUCACUGCCCAUAAAUCAAAUACAAAUAUAUUCAAGAAAGUA